GGGAGCGCUGCUAUGGCGUUUCUCAGACCCGCGGCUCCUCCUCACACGCUCGAGGCGGAGGGAAGGAGGAGUAAGAGGAGGAGGAGGCGAGCCAGCGGCCGCCGCAGCUGCAGACCCGGGGCCAGAGGAGGAGGCGGAGCGGGAGCCGCCGCCGCCCGCCGCUGGGCUGCUGCGAGUCCACUCGGGGCGUGAGGGCGCGCGGGGCGCGGCAGCCAUGCCCCGCAGCGGCAGCUGAGCCCGGCGCGGGCCCCGUCCUUCCCGGCCGCCUCAGCCGACGUGUCCCCGGGCUGCCAGCGGCCGUAGUGCCCGGCGCCUUCGCGCGCCCCAGACCUCGAGCGCAAUCAGCGGCGGUCGCAGAGGCGCGGGUGGUGCCGGCGGCAUCGGCGGGAGCGCUGGGCAGGAGUAGGCGGGGAAGAUGGACCCGGCGCCCUCGCUGGGCUGCAGCCUCAAGGAUGUGAAGUGGAGCUCGGUGGCCGUUCCGCUCGACCUGCUGGUCAGCACUUACCGGCUGCCCCAGAUCGCGAGGCUGGACAGCGGAGAAUGCAUAGAAGGGCUGCGGGAAAACGACUACCUUCUGAUUCACUCAUGCCGGCAGUGGACCACCAUCACCGCCCAUAGCCUGGAGGAGGGUCACUAUGUCAUUGGGCCAAAGAUAGAGAUCCCAGUUCAUUAUGCAGGCCAAUUCAAGCUGCUGGAACAAGAUCGAGAUAUAAAGGAGCCAGUGCAAUAUUUCAACAGUGUGGAGGAGGUGGCUAAAGCAUUUCCUGAACGCGUGUACGUCAUGGAGGAAAUAACAUUCAACGUGAAGGUUGCUUCUGGUGAAUGCAAUGAAGACACGGAAGUUUACAACAUCACCCUGUGUACUGGGGAUGAACUCACUCUCAUGGGGCAGGCAGAAAUCCUUUAUGCAAAGACUUUUAAGGAAAAGUCAAGGCUCAACACAAUCUUCAAAAAGAUUGGGAAGCUCAAUUCCAUCAGCAAGCUGGGAAAAGGGAAAAUGCCAUGCCUCAUUUGCAUGAAUCACCGGACCAAUGAAAGCAUUAGCCUUCCCUUCCAGUGCAAGGGCAGAUUUAGCACCCGAAGUCCCCUGGAACUUCAGAUGCAGGAGGGAGAACACACCAUCCGCAACAUCGUGGAGAAAACCAGGCUUCCUGUGAAUGUGACUGUGCCCAGCCCUCCGCCGCGGAAUCCCUACGACCUCCACUUCAUCCGCGAGGGGCACCGCUAUAAGUUUGUGAACAUCCAGACCAAGACGGUGGUGGUUUGCUGUGUGCUGCGGAAUAACAAGAUCCUUCCCAUGCACUUCCCUUUGCACUUGACUGUCCCCAAGUUUAGUCUCCCAGAACACCUGGUGAAGGGGGACAUAUGGCCAGAAACCCUGGUCCAUCACUGGCUGGGUAUCUGCCAAGAGCAGUUCGACAUCGAUGAGUAUUCACGGGCUGUCCGUGACGUAAAAACCGACUGGAAUGAGGACUGCAAGAGCCCCAAAAAGGGCCGGUGCUCUGGCCACAACCAUGUGCCCAAUUCCCUUAGCUAUGCCCGGGACGAGCUCACCCAGUCUUUCCACCGGCUCUCGGUCUGUGUGUACGGCAACAAUCUCCAUGGCAACAGCGAGGUGAACCUCCAUGGCUGCAGGAACCUGGGGGGAGAAUGGGCCCCCUUUCCUCAUGACAUGCUGCCCUAUCAGGACUCGGGUGACAGUGGGAGUGACUACCUUUUUCCAGAAUCUAGUGAAGACUCAACGGGCAUCCCAGGAAAGUCAGAACUUCCUUAUGAAGAGCUGUGGCUGGAGGAAAGCAAUCCCCGCCAUCAGCCUCUCACUCGGUCCCUGAGCGAGAAGAGCAGAUGUGAUCAGUUUAGAGGUUCUGUCCGGUCCAAAUGUGCAACUUCUCCUCUGCCUGUCCCUGGGACCCUGGGAGCAGCAAUGAAGUCUUCAGAGAUUGCCCUACCUCCACCUCCAGUGCCUCCCAAAUCUGAAGCCGUCAGGGAAGAGUGCCGGCUCCUGAACGCCCCACCUGUUCCGCCCCGGAGCGCAAAGCCUUUGUCCACCAGUCCCUCCAUCCCUCCUCGCUCAGUCAAACCAGCGCGGCAGCAGACCCGGUCUCCCAGCCCCACCUUGUCCUACUAUUCUUCAGGGCUGCACGACAUCAGCGUUACUAAAAGCGACGCCAGUCCCUCUGAAAGUGCCCCCGUUUCCUGCUAUCCGUGUGACCGAGUGAAAGCCGAUUCUGUGGACCUGAAGUCCCCCUCGGGAAGCCCUUCCGCCGACGCGCUCUCCUCCCGGCUCUCGUGGCCUAACCAUUACUCGGGAGCCUCGGAGAGCCAGACCAGGAGCGACUUCCUGCUGGAUCCCAGCCGGAGUUACAGUUAUCCUCGGCAGAAAACACCAGGCACACCAAAGAGAAACUGCCCAGCACCUUUUGAUUUCGAAGGCUGUGAGCCCUCGGCCUGUCCCACCAGCUCGGUCCCUGCAGAGUCCAGCAGCAGCGUCUCGGGCUGUCCCAAGUCAGCCAGCUACUGUCUGGAGAGAACGGAUGAGAAAACUCUCGUAGCUGGCACAACAAAGCAGAGUAUCUCAUGCCCUGCCUUGCCUCCCAGGGCCCCAAAACCAGUGGAAGAGAAAGCCUCCUCUGCGGCUUCUCCUUUGCCUCUGAAAAUCGAUGGUGCUGAGGAAGACCCCAAGUCUGGGUCACCGGACCUCUCUGAGGACCAGUAUUUUGUUAAAAAGGGCAUGCAGGACAUCUUCUCGGUCUCUUACCCCUUCUCGUCUCCACUGCACCUCCAGCUGGCCCCCAGGUCCUGCGGCGAUGGCUCCCCGUGGCAGCCACCCGCUGACCUGUCGGGACUCUCAAUUGAAGAAGUGUCCAAGUCGUUACGGUUUAUCGGUUUGUCUGAAGAUGUCAUAUCAUUCUUCGUUACUGAAAAGAUUGAUGGGAAUUUGCUUGUCCAACUAACAGAAGAAAUCCUCUCAGAGGAUUUCAAAUUAAGCAAACUGCAGGUGAAGAAAAUCAUGCAAUUCAUUAAUGGCUGGAGGCCCAAAAUAUAGCCAAGUAACCCUGGCUAGCAUUGAAUAAAACUGAUAAAUGUGUGUGUGCUAGAAGGGCUGGGCUAGGACACAGUUUCAUGUUUUUUGCACUAAAAACCUUCUCUGUAAAUAGGGAUAAGAGAAACUCUUACUAUACAGAUUCCGUUUUUGAAUGGUGAACAGGCUAUUUUGUACGUCAAUAAAAAUGCUGUACAGAACAGCUUAGAGGUGUGCCUUGUACGCCACUCAACACUCAGCAGCUGCUAAACAAAAGGCACGUUCAGAGAAGUAAUUCUUACCCAAGUAGGCUUAUGCGAGAAGGUAUGAUAUUUAUUACAAAAUAGCCAAAGCUGAAAGACAUAAGAAUCUUUAAAAAACAAAAAAAAACUUUUGAACAACAAUUCCUUCCUUUGGGGGAAUCGACUUUAGACAAUUAACUCUAUUCUGUGCUCUGUUGUUUGGAUUACACAAUGCUAAUUGUUUUACUCCUGUGCCUGACAAUGUUAGUGAUCUGAAAUGACACUUUAAUGUUCUAUGCUUGGUGGGGAUCUUUUCAUCAAAAGGCAUUUUCCAAAAGUCAUGUGUUGACAGAAGAUAAAUGACGUCCUUAGAAAUAGUACAAACCAUGACCACAAUAAUUAUCUGUAACUGCUGCUAAUUUUAUUGAGCAGAAGAAAAAAAAACAGAAUAGAUACAAAUAUGUAUGUAUACACAAUACAAAUGUAUAUGUUUUAAACAUCAUUUUCAGUCUGAUAUUUUAGAUAACGUCUAUUCCCUUCCCAAUAUCCACUGAGGUUCGGGGCCAUUAACUAAGUUGCCUCUCAUAGGAAGAGCAGAUAGAAUGACCCAGAGGGUCUUAGAACCCUGCCCUUAGAAGCUCAGACUCAUUAGGGCUUCAUCACUAAAACUUUGGAAGAAAUCAAUAGAGAGCCUGUUUGGAAGAAUUAAAUUUGAUUUUAGGCCUAUGGGAGGCUGGGUUUUGCAUAAAAUACUCCCAUGCUAAUGUCUGGGGAAAUGACAAUUUCUGUCAAAUGACAAUUCUUCUCGGGUUUGAGGGUCUUAUUCUUCUGCUCUCUGAAAGUGAGGUCUGAAGAGGUUUCUCUGAGUGCGUUAGGUGCUCUCAGACAUCACACACCCAUCUUCUGUUAUGCGCAACAUCUGUGGAUGCAUCUGUGGAGUCCUUUUUAAAAGUAUUGAUUAGUAUUUGUGCAUAACCAUCGUCAUUCCUCUUUUCCAAAGAAAAAACAUUACCACCAUACUUUUAUAAAGAAUUUCAGAACAUUAUUCUGUCGAAUUUUGCCAAAUGCCCUUCAAUAUUCCAAAAUACAAUGGCCUCACCAUAAUUUUUGACUUUUUGCAGGAAUAUGGAUCUUAGCAAAGUUUAGGUUCUCCAAGCAAGCCGUCCCCAUAUAGCCCAGGGAGUUUGUGCCCGGAUUCUGGAUGUGCUCUGUGAUGGAGGUGUCAGUGCAACUUGCAGGGUUGGCUCAUAUCUUAUUAAUUGCUCUUCCUGCCCCCUGAACUAAAUAAAAAAUGUAAAGACAAGACCCAUCCAUUUAAUUUUGCAUACCUGUGCAAUAUGGCUUUAUUUCUUGGUGUUCAAGAUAUUGGUAAUCUAUCUCAUGGUUUAGAAUUGAGAUGAAUUGAUACCUCUUUGUUUUCCAUCCUAAAUGUCUUUUUUUUUAAAAAAUCUAUGUAGAAGCUUUCAGUAGUGCACUCAUAGGACAGAGGACCCUCAGUCACUCUCAUGUUGAGAGAGCAUCCUUCGCUCUGAGGGGCAACUUCCUUAGCAACGUUAACCUCUCAGAAUUUUCCCUUUAAAUUAAUAGAAACAGACAGGAUGCCAUUGAAAAGCCACAUGUUUUAUUUUUUUCGGCAAACUCUUGCCAAAUCCAGUUUUAAACACAUAGCCCUUGGACACAAUUCUCUAGUUCAGGUGAGAGGAAAGGUGAGUUUGGGUUUACUGCAAUGGCUGCUCCACAUAAACAACUGACUGCUUUGAUCUUUAUUUGCAAAAACUUUACACAAAAUAGUGUCCGUUGUUUUGUCUUGACCUGUUUAUUGAGCUUGUGUUGAUGGCAAUAUAGAGACUCCUAGAGGCAAGGGCAGGUCUAUGGCCUUCGAUGUGUGCAUUCAGAAUUUAUCGAGCAUCUUUCCUGUGCCAGGCACUAGGCUGGCAUGACUCGACAAUGCUGACAAAAGGAUAUAGCUCCUGCCCUCUUGGAAUUCAUAAUAUUUAUAUUUUAAAUUACAGUUGCUGAGACUAUGAAUAUGUGGGGAGUGACACGAAAUCCUUUGGGCAGUUGGACGUGUGGAGAAUUAAGUGUUUCCUGUCUUUAAAGAACCCACAGAUGGAAGAAAUAUGGGCUCUGUUAAAGGGGUAUAAAACAAAUAUAAUACCAUAAGACAAUGAAAACUGGGAAUAUGUUGGAGGCAGAAAGCAACUCUGAUUCCCACUGGCUAAUGUUCUCUUUGACUGAUUUGGGAUUUUUUUUUAAUUGUAAUAAAUGGCACCAGCAUCUCUAAAGCCACAGAUAAAUGUAAUUGUCAUUACUGAACUGAACCUGUGUUCAUAGGGGACCUUGGACCCCAGCUAAAGAAGGCAUGUGUAGCUGGAGAGAAUCAAGACGAGAAAUCAGAGCAGGCAUGAAAAAGUAGCAGCCUUUCCCUUCUGACACCUGUGAUUUUUGUAGUGAAAAGUGAGGUAUUGAUAUUCCCCACAAGCAGAACUUUUUCCAGCCAACCAGGUCAAAACCAAGGACAUCUGAUCAGUUCCCUGCAGAUAGUGCAGUGAUCGCGGUGCUUGCGGGAAAGUGUCUGUCUGAACAGGACCCUUUAGGAGGCGUCCUUAAAUUCAUGGCUAAAAUCAUGAUGGCCCCAUAAGAAAAGAAAAUCAGCAAUAAACCAAACCAAGCUGCUAAAAUGUAAAACGUGGACCUGGCUCAUCUUGGGAGGGAGAACUCAAACACAGAUCAAUUCCUUUUCAGAAUCUUGCCAACACCUGCACCGCCUCUCUCCUUGAAGUUGAGCUGCUCAACUUUAUGAACUGUGAAAUUUACAUUUAUACUCUUCCAACCCACAUACACCAUUUAAGUUUAUGAAGUCGCAGCAAGCUGCCCAUGUGACUCAAUUGUAGUGUUUAUUCUUGUCUCAUGUGGAAAUAAAACAAUAAUCAUAUGGGAAAAUAUUGUGACAGUCCAUUCCAACUGUUUUCAGACACAUCCAUAAACACCCUUUGUUCACAUUCCGGAACCACCUGCACAUCGUCCACAUAGCUCCUCGAGAAGUCCGGGGUGAGUGUGGAUGGAUAGAGGGCCCUUCGUUUUCCAAACACUGUUUAACAAUUCACUACUCAUCAUGCCUCAAAGGUAUAAGAGUAACAUUUUUAAUAACAAACUGGAAAACAAAACAGUUCUCCAAAGAACCUCAUGAACUAGUCAAAGAAACUUCUAACUUUGUCCACCGGAAAAGUUAGUUCUGAUGUUGGACACAUGAGACUCUCAGAAACUCCAUCCAUUAUAUCAAUUCCUGCUAUUUUUCUAGUACCGUAAAUGCUUCCGGCUGCUGGAGUGAGGGGAGGAAUGUGCGCAGAGCACACAGACGGAGAGUGGGACUUCCCUAGUGGGCUGUGGUAGCGUGGAAUUGCUGUGGCCGCUUCUUGUCAAAUCCCAUCGUUUGGUCUUUAAAACCCAGUGUUUUAAAAUCUGUCUACUUGUGAAAGCCAGAGGUAAACGUGAUUUCAGUUAAAACUAUAUAGAAGUAUCUUCUGUCAUUUUGCUGCUCUGUCUAAUUUUUAGGCUAUGAUUUUUGUAAUGAGCUUAUCAGAUGACAAAUUUCCUUUGUUUACAAUCUCAUGUAGUAGGGCUCAGAUCAUUUCUCAGCUAUAAACCUCUUCUCCCAUUUUCAUAUUAAGUUCCAUUUAAGAUGGAACUGUUUAAACUAAGCCUCAAAAUUGAGCUCAAUUAAAAAUUGUGGCAUUUUCCUUAACUUAAAUGGAAGCAGUAUAUUCUUUUCAAGGAAUUUUAGAACCAUUCACUAUUCCUUGGCUUGGGAAACUGAAGUUGUUAAGCACCAGUUAACAGCUGCAUUGCUUUCCAGAGCAUUACCUAACGGGCCCCAUGUGCACCUCAAGCUAAACAUGGUCUGUGACGUCUAAAAACUUUAUUGUUGAUCUCAA